AACAGUUCAAUGAGCUAACUUCCCCUCCAGGUUCCGGCAGAAAUUGAUGAGAGAUGUUGCAUUACAGCGGAAGUUAAGCUUUACUGGCAAUUUAGGAAUAAUUUCUUUGCUGAACACAAGAUCUUUCGUGCAUGCUUCUCAGACUCCACAAGAUUUCCCACCACAUUUCUUCCUCAGCCUCCUGGCAAUCUAUGAAAGAGAUGAUGUUGUACUUGCGAUAUUACUGCUCUCCAAACUUAUUUCUAGGUUUGUACCUGUUGCUAAACCCACCUGGAUUGCAAGCUUUUGUCAACCACAAGCCCAAUGUUGUCAUCUUCAUGGCUGAUGAUCUUGGCAUUGGGGAUAUAGGUUGCUAUGGAAAUAAUACUAUCAGGACUCCUAAUAUUGAUCAUCUGGCAAAAGAGGGAGUGAAACUUACCCACCACAUUGCUGCAGCUCCACUUUGUACUCCAAGCCGAACAGCUUUCCUAACUGGCAGAUAUCCCAUCCGAUCAGGAAUGGCUGAUUUUGGUGGUUUCCGUGUUCUUCAGUGGAUUGGUGGUUCAGGUGGCCUCCCUCCAAAUGAAACUACUUUUGCCAAGAUAUUGCAGAAGCAAGGUUAUACCACUGGAUUAAUAGGGAAGUGGCAUCAAGGUGUGAACUGCGAACACCGUAUUGAUCACUGCCAUCACCCCUUAAAGCAUGGUUUUGAUUAUUUUUAUGGGAUACCGUUUUCAAUGAUGGGUGACUGUCAAGUAACUCAGCCUCCUGAGAUGGCUGUGGCUCUAAAGAUCAGACUCUGGUCUUACACUCAGUUGAUUGCCCUUGCUGUGCUGACUCUCAUGGUAGCCAAAUGUACCCAUCUGGUGCCUCUCAGCUGGAAAAUAAUCUUCCUUCUUGCUCUCUUUGGCCUCUUGUUCUUCGUUUCCUGGUUCUCAAGCUAUGGAUUCAUAAGGUACUGGAACUGUGUCAUGAUGAGAAACUAUGAAAUUACAGAGCAGCCAAUGAAAGUGGAGAGAGGAACAUCCCUUAUGCUAAGGGAGGCCAUUUCCUUUAUAGAAAGAAACAAACAUGGGCCAUUUUUCCUCUUUGUUUCUUUCUUGCAUGUUCACACACCACUGGUUACCACAGAAAAUUUCACUGGAAAAAGCAUCCAUGGUUUAUAUGGAGAUAAUGUAGAAGAGAUGGACUGGAUGAUAGGAAGAAUUCUGGAUACUCUCAACAAUCAAGGUUUGAAAAAUAGCACAUUAACAUACUUUGCCUCUGACCAUGGUGGACACUUAGAGUCUCAGAGAGGAAAUGUUCAGCAAGGUGGUUGGAAUGGCAUAUACAAAGGGGGAAAAGCUAUGGGAGGCUGGGAAGGAGGAAUCCGUGUCCCUGGGUUAUUCAGAUGGCCAGGAAUGCUACCUGAAGGCACAGUUAUUGAUGAACCGACAAGCUUAAUGGACAUUUAUCCCACAUUGGUUCACCUGGCUGGUGGAACAGUACCACAGGACAGGAUAAUUGAUGGCCGAAAUCUGAUGCCUUUGCUACAAGGUUCUGUGCAACACUCAGAACAUGAAUUCAUGUUUCACUACUGUGGGGCAUAUUUGCAUGCAGUGCGGUGGCAUCAGAAGGAAAGUGGAUGUGUUUGGAAAGCCCAUUAUGUGACACCAGUUUUUCAACCAGAAGGGGCUGGAGGUUGUUAUGAACUAAAAAUUUGCCCAUGUUCUGGAGAAGGCGUAACUCAUCAUGAUCCACCUUUGCUGUUUGAUCUUUCUCGGGACCCUUCAGAGGCUGUGCCUCUGUCACCAGACACUGAGCCGCUGUUCCAUGCCAUCCUCAAGAGAAUAGACAGAGCUGUAGAUGAGCAUCGCAAGACACUCUCACCUGUCCCACAGCAGUUGUCUGUUUACAAUAUUAUGUGGAAACCAUGGCUGCAGCCAUGCUGUGGGACAUUUCCUUUCUGUUGGUGUGACAAAGAAAAUGAUGCUGACUUAUAAAACAGACACGUUUUUCUUUAGUUCAUUUAUUAGUUUUAGUUAAUUUUAGUUAAUUUAUUAAAGGAAAAGCUCCCAACCCCUAAAACGUAAAGGAAAUGAAUAUUUAGUUAGAAUACAUUUUGUUAGAAUAUUUUACUGAAAAAGUUGGUGUUCUCCAAUUAUUUUAUAGGGCAAUGAGCUUCAGUCUUGUCAGACAAUAUUGUCUCCAGUUAAUUCCUUCCUGUCAUCAUAUCUGCCAGAGGUGACAAAACCCCACUAAUGUCAUAUGAUAUUGGCAUGCCAAAUACAUUCCAUUAACAUAUAAAUGUUAAAAAUGUUCUGUCUGCUACUCUACAUUCUCUACUGGAGAAGGUUAAAAGAACCUAUAGGAAAAAUAUCACCCCUUUCUGGCUGUAGAGUAGCCCUUGGGCCAUCCUGUGAACCAAUAUAAACAGUAUUUGUGGGGAUAUUUAUAACCCAAACCAAAUUCCAAUGUCACAAAAUGUUCGUCGUAUUUAUUUAUUUUUGUGGAGACAGAAUUAAUUGUGGUUCACAAUAUUCAAACAUCUACAGCCUGAAAGCACAUUUUCACAAAUAGAAAAUAAUUGCAUUAAUUAUUAUACAAACUGCAUUUAUAUCUGCGGUAUUUUUGUACCUCCCAAACGUAUCUCUCUGGGUUAGGCAAGUGUUUUCCAGGUAUUCAGGAGGAGCUGUAUCUAUCUAAAAAAUGCUUCCUUAUAGUUCUCUAGGACAAAGCUCAUGGGGAAUUUUUCAUUCACCCAAAAUACAGUUAUGAACUGGGGUUAAAAAAUCAUCCUGUAGACAUAAUCAGUGGAUUCUAGGGGUUGCUUUGUAGCUCAGGUGCGUUUCUGUUUACCAAAAGGGAACUAUUACAAGGGAGUAGCUAUGUUGGUCUACAAUAGAAGAGCAAAGUUCAGUUUCAGUUAGCACCUAAAAGACCAGCAAGGGUAUACACAUUUCAGACUCAAAGUUCUAUUGUCAUAUAUGAAGGUAUCUGAUGAAGGGAGCACUGAUUCUUAAAAGCUUAUACCCUUCAAAUCUUGUUGGUUUUUAAGGUGCUCAAAAGAAAACUGUACUUUGUGGACACUAUUUACUAAUAUGCCGAUCAUUAUGUCCUAAAAAGACAACAUUACAGAGCUGCCUCUCUAGGCAUUCUGGGGUGGUAAAAACAAGAACCAGGGCAGGCAAUUCAGCUGACUAGUAGUAAUACAGUUCAUGUGAAAACAGAAUCCAGUCACAGAUCAAUGACCAAACCAAGAGAAAGGUUUUGUUCCUUUUAGCACACAUUCACAAACUACAAUGGUGGCCCUCAAAUAUUGACUGAAGAGGUGGGGGGGGGGGCGUGCAAAAGCUUUUGUAAAUGUUAUACUUUGAAAACAAGAAAAGUAUUUGUGUGAACACACACACACAUACACAUUAGAACACUGAAUGGGAACCAGAAGGAUGGAAUAAGAACCCAUUAAAACAAUACUCUCUGUUUAAAA